AUGCCCAAGGUCCCGUCUUCCCGUCGCGUUCGUGUUCAAAAGUCGAACGAGGAGCGCUAUUCUUGUGCUGACCGUGUUCAACAGCAAGGAAAUGAAAUGCCUUUUCGCUGCAAACGUUGUGAAGAGAAGGACCUUUGUUGUUUCGUGGACACUGCUACUAGGCGUUGCGCUGGUUGUAUUUCCGUGAAGGCUGAGUGUAGUUUGUUCGUAUCUGAAGAGGAGUGGGAGCGAGUUCAGCAAGAGCGUGAGCAAAAGGAACUGGAGGCCGCUGCUCGUUUGCGUCGUGAACUUCUAGAGGUGAAGUCGCGUGAGCGGUCUUACGCUCGUCGUGAUCUCGCGCUUCUUGAGUUUCAGGACCGGGCGAAAGAGAAGGCCGAGGGGAGCUCUGCCCCUGGUACGGACCUUCCUGCUGUCGAACCCUCGCUAUCCGGACCGUCGGCUGAUCUGGGC